CCAACAACAGUCGGUCGGCCAUUUUCUUUCAGAGAGCCGCUGCGGCUGUUCUCUGUCUGUUGUUGUUUGUGUGUUUGUUUGGAUCCAAAUAAAAACAGGUUCAUCUGUAGCGUCACCUUAGCGCGAGGCAGGAGCACGUCAUAGUGUCUAUGAUGGCGGCCGACCGGCGCGAGGACAAAGAUGGAGAGUUGAAUGUUCUGGAAGAUAUUCUGACUGAAGCUCCGGAUCAGGAUGACGAGCUCUACAACCCCGAGACUGAACGGGCCGUCAGCGACAAGAAAGGAACGAAGAGGAAGAGCGAGCGCUCUGACAGCCAGGAUCUGAAGAGGCUCCGCCCCUCCACAGGCCACGCCUCCUCCCGCUCCUCCUCCACCAUUAAGAGAGCCCUGGGGCCCCCUCUCUCCUCCUCCUCUAAGAAGGUGGCUUCCAGCCCCCGCGGCCGCCAUGCUGCCACUACCAGCUACCGCCACGAGUACUACGAGGAGCGAAAGGGGCGGCGAGGGGCCAGAGAGGCCACCAGGAGCCGUGGUGGAGACGAUGUCCGUCGCAGGGACUCCCAGAGAGGACUGGACUGUCUGAGCCAGAAACUGCGGCGGGUAAGCCCCUCCCCCCAUGAGGAGGACAACCAAUCAGAGGAGGAGGCGGCAGCAGAGUAUGGCUCCGAGCAGGGGUCGGGAAGCUCCUCCCCCGCUGCCUCCCACGUAGAGGAAGAGGAAGAGGAGGACCAGGAGGAGGAGGAGGAGGAGGAGGAAGAGGAGGGCAUGGAGGAAGAGGAGGAGGAAGAGGAGGAUGAGGAGGAGGGGGAGAAGGAGGAGGAGGAAGAGGAGGAGGAGUAUGAGCGUCGUGGCGGUGAGGGAAACGACUACGACACCCGCAGCGAGGCCGGUGAUUCGCGCUCUGCCUCCUCCGUCAGUUUCUCUGAUGACGGCGAGUCGGUGCACUCAGGCUCCGCCUCCGAGGCCUCAGGCUCAGAGAAGAAGCGGGAGAAGCUGUCGUCAUCGGUUCGAGCCGUCCGUAAAGGCAUGGAGAAUCCGACUAGUAAGCUGCGCUACAUCCUGCGAGACGCUCGCUUCUUCCUCAUCAAGAGCAACAACCACGAGAACGUCUCUCUGGCCAAAGCUAAGGGCGUGUGGUCGACGCUGCCGGUGAACGAGAAGAAGCUGAACGCAGCGUUCCGCUCGGCUCGGAGCGUCAUCCUGGUCUUCUCUGUGAGGGAGAGCGGAAAGUUCCAAGGUUUCGCCCGUUUGGCAUCAGAGUCUCAUCAUGGCGGAUCUCCGAUCCACUGGGUUCUUCCUGCCGGCAUGAACGCCAAGAUGCUGGGCGGAGUCUUCAAGAUCGACUGGCUCUGCAGAAGGGACCUCCCCUUCACGAAGACGGCUCACCUGUCCAACCCCUGGAACGAACACAAGCCGGUGAAGAUCGGUCGUGACGGACAGGAGAUCCAACCAGACAUCGGUGCCCAGCUGUGUGCCUUGUUCCCAUUGGACGAGAACGUGGACAUACACCAGGUGGCUCGCCGCGUUCGUCACAAGCGCCGGACGCCGACGGAGCCGCGGCCUCGGGGCCGACCGCCACAGCGCGAACCGGGAAGGUUAGCCAAUCACCAAGCUCCUCCUCCCGCUUCCUGUUCUUCUUCUGCUGCGACCACGGUGCCACCUGCUGCCAGACGAAGGAGACGGCCGCUGCCUUUAGCUGGUGGCUAGCUUUCCCGUGGCUAGCGUUGGUCAUUGUUGUUUUUCCAGUCUGGAGUUUUCCACCGGAGACGGCGUGGUGUGCGGUGGGUUUGAAAAAAUCAGGCAGGAAGUUAGAAUCCUUGGGGGGGCGAGGAAACGGUUAACGUCUCAGAGAUGAGCUCUCAGUUCAGGUUCAGUUAAAUUUUAACUUCCUGUUUUCUAAAAUCAGAGUUCAGCUGGAGGGCAGGCAGGCUUUUACUUUGAAAAUCAACUCUUGGGUUGAAGAAAGUAAAUUUUUCUAAAUUUUGUUGUUGCUAAAUUUCUCCUCUGAAGUUCUUUCUUUGCAGGAGUUUCAUUCUUCGGAGGUUUAAAAUGAAAAAGUUAGCUGGACUGUGGCUGGCCCUUUCAGAA